AUGCUGUCAUCCGGAGUAGAGAUUCAGCCAGUUCCACUUGAUUCCUCCAUGUCUGCUGUGGUACAGGAAUUAGACUCUGAACUCCCAGUAAGUGUCUCCAAAGAGCUUCAUGCUGAUUCUGAGCCAAAUGGGAUUCCACAUGUAAAACCCAGAGCCUCGAGGGCUCGUUUGAGUCAGAGUAGGACAUUACCUCUGGAACAGCAGAGGACUCGUGUGAAAAGUUGUGAAGAAAACUCUGAGACCUUGGAUGAUGGGGGUGAGCCUGGGAGGUGUGGGAUGGUGGACUCCACAGCAGGAGGUGCUAUGGCGUCUGUGAUCUUGGAUAGGGAAGCGAAAACCAAGAACAUGGAGCUAAAGGUCUUCAGAAAUCCAGGGAACCAGGAUGAAAUGAUAAGAAACAUCUGUGAGGGAGCAAAGGAAGACCCAAGUCAACCUUCAGCAACCGACGAAGAAAAGAUCACAAGUCAGGAAGAAUUCUUGGUGCAAUCAAGAAAAGUUUUAUGCACGGACCUCCCUGAAGACUUUCUAAGGAGCAAAGGAAAUGUACAGAUUAUAACUAAAACUCUGCUAAAAUCCAUGGAAAAAGUGCAAGGUAUGAAGGUCAAGGAGACGAAGAAGGAUGAUAAUGAAGGACACAAGCAUGGCAAUGAGAGUGACGGUCUCACAGCUGGAUGCAGCCAAUACCCAGAACCAAACAAAAUCAUGACCAGUGAUGAAGUUUCAGAAACCAGCACGUUAGUUUCCCCAGAUUCUUUAACCUUUGUGGACCCUCGAUUAACAGAAGCAACUUCUAAAGAAGAAGAAUGUGAAGAAUUAAAACCUUGUUCUUCUUCAUUGUCAUUGCCAGAGAACAGUGCCAUUUCCAAAGUAGACCAUGGGAAGGAAAAGUUGUACAAAUUAAACCAUGACUGUGAAGCAGAUGACAAUCACCAGCAGAUUCUUGACCACCAUAGUGACAAACGAAGUUCUACCCAUGAAAGCCCCAUGGCCAUGAGCAGUGUAGUUGUAGAGCCCUUGAAAGAAGGUUCUAAAGUUUCAUAUUUGCCAUCACACUCGUCUGAUCUAGAAUCUGGAACAAUAUCCCUAGAAGACUUUGGUUCAGAAAGUGAUAUUUUAAUGAAGGGAUCUGCUAAAAAGACUAACACUUCUCAUUUUAAUCAGGAUGAUCUUAGCACAGACUUGGCUUCCAGAAAGGAACAUGAAGAACAGCUUUUGAGCUCCAGGAGUGAAAUGGAGCUAUGUUCUCUUAAUAACCCUAAGCAACCAGAGAAGGAUGCUAGUGGUCAUUGUUCUGAUGAAAAAGAGACUGUUGAGCCCCCCCCAAAAAACAUCAAUAACUAUCACAUUCAAGGUAGUGUCCAUAAAGAAAGCGCUAGUUCUUUAAUGGUCAACUCUGUCACUGAAGCCACAAAAGUAACAUUAAAAGAAAGUGAUUUGAGUAUCACUACAGACAUUCAAGGAAGCUUGACAAACCAUGAGAACCAUAGAGAAACUUUUGCUAAUAUUAGCCAUCCGGGCAAACAGUACCAAGAAAGCAAUUUUGCCCCAUUGAUACAGAUUGAAGAGCCAGAGCAGCCAACCACUAUAGAUCCCAAAAUGUUAAGUGGAAAGCGUGAUAGUAAAGACACGAACUCUUUAGUCAGUAUCCAGCAGAAUCUGGACAGUAGCGCGCAUUUAAAUGAAACAUUGUGUAGUGAAUUUCACUUUAAAAGAAAAACCCUUGUGAACCAGUUACGUCCUCUAAAUGAGCUAUCAAAACUCAAGAAUGAUACUAUUCAGUUACCAACACUCCUAGAUUUUGAUAACAGGCCUGAGUCAGAAAAAACUGCUCCGACCUCCGAGGGUAGUCCACAUUCAGAUGAGCAGAGCCGUGCUUGCGCAGUGAAUGGACUUUCCUGUACUGAUGAACUAGCUGUAAGCACAGAACGUGAAUGUGUAUUAAAUCAACAAGUGUCCCUUAAUUCUGGAGACCAUGUGAAGCUGCCAACUGACUGCAUACUAAAUAAAAACAAAGAGAUUCCUAGAGCAAUGGGUGAGGAUUUCUAUCAGACCCAUCUUCGUCCAUUAGAGGACAGAGCACAUGCCAUCACUGAUACCCAAACCAUUCCCAUUAAGACUAGAAUGAAAGACAUCUCUCUACUAGGUGACAAAACCUGUGGUGCCUCCUCUUCAAACAAUUCCAACUUCAACAGGAAGCCAGGAAACCGAGAAAGGAAAAAAGGAAUGACCAAUGCAGGAAGAAAUUCCAGGCUUCUCUCAAAGAAGCAAGAAGUGACUGUGUUCCUGAAAGAGGUCGUGGUCAGGGAAUGCCAAAACGCUCCAUCCCAGGAGAAAAACAGCAGUGGGUGUGCAAGUGAAAAUGUGCCAGAGGCGGCCAUGUGUUCCACUUGCCCUACUUUGGAGCCCAGCAAAAUCAUCCCGAAUGCCGAAGGUUCUUCGAUGACAAAAUGUGAAAAUGCACUUCAGCCCAGUGUUCAUCACUCCCAAGUGAAGGAGCCAGAGAAUUCCAUGGCAAGUAGUGCUCAUAAAGUGAGUUACACAGAGGAAAGGGAACUGGGAGGGCGAGAAGCUAAAGGUAACAUUGAAGAAGACAAAGUCGGAAAGGAAAUUACAGCAGGCACAUUAAAUAAUGGAGCCCUAAACAAAACCAUUUGUGCAACCAGUUACAUCAAACACGACGAGGAAGUAAUGGAAGGAAAGAGGCAGAAGCCACCCGAUUCGGCUGUCUUUUGUAAGCAUAGCAUUUCUGAUUGUGUUAUACAAGGACUCAACCAAUCUGUAGACAUUCCAAAUCCUGAAAAACUGUUGGACCAGUCCCCUAAUUUAUUGCCCAGUUUUAAGAGCAUGACACAACCAGAAGGACCUCCAGGCCAGAAGGAAGGUGAAGUCCUUGACUGCCAGAGGAACCAAAGCAGACCAGAUGCAUGGAGAAAGGAAGAGAAACCAGCUAAGAAUACCCCGGAUGGUGAGCAGAAAGAGACUGCCACAGAGCCUAGCAGCGAGGGAAGCCACAAUCAAAAGGCUCUGAUGACGGGUUCAGGCAAAAAUAGCUCGCCCUCUUUUAGUACUCCAAAGAAAGUUGAUUCUAAAGGUGACUUUGAAAAUAAUCCUGCUUGUAAAGACUUCACAGACAGCAUGGUAGACCCUAUCUACAAAGACUUGAUUAAUAAGCCUGCAGAAGGCAUGCUGGGUGGAAAGGCAGCUGUUACACUUGACGACAACAGUGCAAGGCAAGAUAAACCAGCAUUCAGUAAAACCUCAAGAUGUGCUUUGUCUCCGCAAGGAGCGCUCCAUGUUGCACAUACAGGAAAGCAUGACCAGACUUCAGAUACCCACUGUGCUACUUCGUCUCCAGUGGACUCUCUUGCAAUAAAAAAAUCACGUGAAGAGAAAGUAGGCCUAUCUUUUCAAGGUUGUGAAAUGAAAUUAUGUAUCGACUCUUGUGCUCAUGAGCCAACUACCGGGGUAUUGGAUAGAGUGAAUGUGUCUUUAAAUUGUGUUCAUCCUGAAGAGAACGUUAAAGAAGCAUCUCUGGAAGAAAUGCACGUCACGGACAAAGGAUCAAGACUAGAAAUUAAUUCUGUGUUUGACAAAGACAAUUCCUUUGGGAUUUCUUCGAAGGAUUUGAUGUAUUCUAGAUGCCAAGAUGAGACCUCUACCCCCCAGGGCAAUCUAUGCUCCAUUCAUAGAAUGCCUUCAUCUCUGUCUUCCCAAGACGUUUCUGAAAGUAAUGUAAAUAAUCCAGGUGGGAAAACAGACUUAAAAGACCCCACAAUCCUGUCUGAGAAGAAGGAAAGACCCUCAAGGGAUAUGAGUAGACCUAGUGAAGGAGCCACUACACACAUCAGGGUAAAAAAGGGUAUGUCAAAAGUUUGUCACCCUGAUGAUAGACCCUUGCCGUUAACAUUGGAAACAGAAGCUAACGUGAAAAAGGAGAAAGUUAAGUGUGAGCCAAUGGGACAUAAAACUGUGGGGGAUCCAUCUGAAGAGAGGAUGGCUAGAGAAGAUGGUGAUAUUGAUAAUAUGAACCCGAUGUCUCAUAUCCACUUUAAAUGCAACAGAACGCUUGGUGAUGCUGAAGAACAACACAGGAAGGUUUCAGACAAGCAGUUGCAAAAAGAAGAGGAAUGUGUGCAUCACACAGAAACACAUGCUGUUCCGGAACAGUGCACACAAUCUAAUAGGUUGUCUGAUAAGGUGCAAAACAAGAGCCCACCCAAGGAUUACAAAGAUGAGGCCACACUGAUGAAAAAAAUCCCUGUAGCAAAGAUGACCAAGGCCAACACGGCUGCAUGGUCUCAGAAGUUGAAAGACCCAAAGGUGGAAAGCGUGUAUUGUCCAUUGAGCAAGAUCAUCGAGAUGUCUGCAGGCUCUUGCCUUCCUGGCACCCACCAGAAAGCACAAGACCCCCGUCCUGUGGGGUAUGAUGUGAUCCCUGGUGCCUUUGGGAACACUUCACAGCAGAAAGGAGCGUUUCCUAUAAAGAAGCAGCCCCAUCGAUCAUGUAAAAGAGUUUCUUGUCAGGAUCAAGUCCAAGUGGCAAGAAAACGAAAUAACACCAGAAAUCCCGCCUUGUUAAAGAGUUCCUCAGAAACCAUCCCAAAAGAACACAGACUGCUCAGCUCAUGUGCUAGGUCUGUACCUGCACAAUUACCUGAAACAGUAAUGUCCAAGAGCUUACUUGACCACAUACCAAAGCAGAGGGCUACUCGCUGCCAUCUCUUGAGGAGCCUGAACUUCAGGAAGCCUACCAAAGAAUCAGCCUUACUAAGCAAGCUGUCCAUCCUUGCCCGUAAACUGGUCCCAGCCACGAAAACCCAGAAAGUGAGAUACUGGCAUUGUUCCUCCGAACUACUUCCAGUGGCGAAAAGCUACAAGCGGCUGAGAUAUAAAAGGUUCCUGGAUGGAUUUUCAUAUAAUACAAUGCAGGUGAAUCCAUAUAUGGCAGCUAAUAGAUGGGAUAAGAAGCCUAACAGUAAGCCUAUGGCACUUUACUCUCUUGAAGCCAUCAAAAUGAGCUUCAUAGAUCUGAGCAACAAGAUGCCGUCCCUGUUGGGUGGUGCCGAAAUCCUUCCGAUAUACUUCCAUGUGAACUCAGGUUCGGAUUGCGUGGCCGAGGCCGCCAGGACUUUCCCUGAGCACUGUGCCCCAACAAGGCUUGCCUUAGGAGAGGCCCCCAGGUGCCCAUCUCAACCUCCCAAGUGGACCUUCUCUUUCUUCUUCUCCCACGGUGGUUCUGGGACGGCCACAUUCAGGGAAGACCCUGGCCUCCAGAGUCAGGCCUGCUCCCAGGCUCCUCCAGCUCCGCUCCAAGACUCUGGUGGCACUGCCAUUGUCCAGACCAGAGCAGGUUUCUCAGUCUUUGGCCUUCAUACACUGUUAGCACUUUGUUCCCCUGGAUGUUACCGGAUCUGGACAAAAAAACGGAACUUCUCCAGCCACAUGCCUACCAUACAAAGGUUCUUCAUGACACAGUUUACACAGGGCUUGAAGGGGUUAAGGUCUCCUGCAUCCAUAGCAGACAAAGUCUUCUGUUCCCUGCCCUACUCAGUGGGCAGGGUGCUGUCCAUUUGGAGCCAGCAUGGCCCUUCUGCCUGCCCCCUGGAAAUCUCUGCUCUUCAUUCUAAUUACAGCAAGUGGCAGCCAAGUCUGGGCCCUGCAAGCAGCCACACCCUGUUACCAUAUGUGCCUCUUCCAGGCAUAGAAGCUGCAUGUAGCACCAGAAGCAACCCGAUAAGGCUAGAGCCUUCCUUCUCUGCCUUGGUACCAAAGCCUUGCGUGGUAACAGAGACAGCUGUCAGCAACCUACUGCUUUCAGCCUCUGCGUUCCAGGUCUCUGGAUUCGAUGAGCUGGAUGGUAUGACAGCAGUGUGCCCCCGACCCCAGAGCAGUCCUCCAGAACAGAAAGAGGCUGAACCAGAGAAGAGGCCAAAGAAAGUGUCACAGAUUCGCAUCCGGAAAACCAUUCCUAAACCAGAUCCUAAUCUUACCCCCAUGGGCCUACCUCGACCCAAAAGGUUAAAGAAGAAAGAGUUUAGUUUAGAGGAAAUCUAUACCAACAAGAACUAUAAGUCCCCUCCUGCAAACAGGUGUUUAGAAACCAUCUUUGAAGAGCCUAAGGAACGAAAUGGUACACUAAUCUCAAUCAGUCAACAAAAGAGGAAGAGAGUUCUAGAAUUUCAAGAUUUUACAGUCCCGCGGAAGAGACGAGCCCGAGGAAAAGUCAAAGUGGCAGGCAGCUUUACCAGGGCCCAGAAGGCAGCCCUGCAGAGUCGAGAAUUGGAUGCGCUUUUAAUACAGAAACUUAUGGAACUGGAGACCUUUUUUGCCGAGGAAGAGGAACAGGAGCGAUCAUCGAGUUGUUGAGAAGCAAUUCUGUUGAGGGUUCUCAAUGUUGGUUUUCUGCACCUCGUUGAAAGAGGUUGCCCAAUUUUGCCCUACUACUCAAACCACUCAAGAUGUUUCGUCCGUGGAUUUUUGCCCGUUUGAAGGUGCAAACUUUUAGUGACUGGGAAAGGAGGGUCCUCUACUUCUACUGCUGAGUGUAGAACCUCAGGAAUGCUCCCUGUUUUUCUAGAAAUGGUCCUGAAUGACAUCUGCCCUCCAUUUCCCCAUCUCUGCCACCCACCGGAGGAGGAAGCAACAGGUCUUAAGUAACACUAAGAUUGCAAGGACUCCUUUGCACGUCCAUAUGAACGUUUUGUUUACGGUGGUGCUAGACCAAGAUUAAUUAGAAAUGUGGCCUAAGGAGGUAGACCUGGCGUCCUUCCCUUUGGGAUCACACUGGCUCAUUUUAGUGGUCGAGGAAAGCUGUUGUGUUUUCUAAUCCUUUGAGUCCUUUAGCCCAGAGUCUGGGAGGCAUGUGCUUGGCUUUCCCGUCGUCUCUGGCCCCUCGGUGACUGCAUCACUCGUGCCAGGAGCCCUUCCAGGUCUCAUUUGAAGUCGGUUGCACUUUUCAAUGUCGUAGUGAUGAUGACUUUAUUCAUUUUUUCCCAGCCUCCCCCACCCUUUUUAAAGAUGUAUUAUUACUGCUGCAUGUUUAGAGCCUUUAAAUGUGAUUUUUUUUUAAUGCAUUGAGGAGAACAGGACAUGUCUUAAGAAUCUUUGAUAAACAUUUGAUCCAGUUUUUAGUGCAUGAUAUGGGACAAUAGAUCUUUUCCCAUUUACAUGUUUUAACUGAUCCCUACCCAUCUCCAACUCCUAGUAUCUCUCGUUGAGGGAAGUACAUUUUUCAUCUGGGUUCUCAUUCUUGUCCCCUAAGUACACGCGUUGAUUGUUAUGACAUAAGAAAGAGCAGGUUUGUCUCCCAGUCGUUUUUGUAAAAACACUUAAGAUUGGGUGUGGUUUUAAUAGGCCUUAUGUGAAAAGAAUGUGUCACAAAGUUGGAUGGUAAUAAAAUCCAGCCAUAAGCGUGUGCACCUGGCAGAGCAGCUUGCUCCAAGAGUGGGGCGGGGGGCAGGGAGGGAGGUGAGUGUUGACUCAGAUCCAAUAAGCUAUUCUCGAGUGGAAUCAUGACAUACCACAACCAACCCUCUUUGAAGAUAGGUCGCUGUACUCUGGAUUCCUGUGUCAGGCCCACUGGAAGUUGUGAAGAAUGCCAGUUAGCAAAGUGUCUGCUUAUUGUGCCUACAGGAAUGUUUGGUCAGAAGGAUGCUGUGUGGUUCAGAGGCCCAGAAGUCUCAUUCCUUUCCACUGAAUCCCCGUGUGCCCUUGCCCUGCUCCCCUCUUCUCCGUCCUUGUAUUUUAUCUUCUCUCGCUCACUCAUCCUCAAACAAGAGCUCAGAGAAUGAGCAUCCCUUGACUGGUGAGCCGCAGACACAGCCGCCACCUUUUCCCUUCCUUUGGGAGCCCCUCCCUGCUGGGGAGCUGGGAAAGCCUCAGAGAUGUGCUCAGUCAGUCUGUUGGAGAAGAGCGAGGUGCCGCCCUGGAAUGGUGGCAUCUCUCCUGGGUGUCCUUUUCCCCCCAUCUGUUAGUGGGUGGGGUCUUUGUGUGCCUUUACUUUGCAGAUUGACAGCCUAUGCCAUACUGGAGCAACUGACACGCACAGAAAAAUAGAAGAAAAAGUGCCACAUCUGUCUUUCAGGCUCAUUGCCUCAGACACAGUGUUAGGAUAACUGAACUAGAAUCUCGGUAAGCUACAGAGUCUUCUACGGCCCCAGCAAAUUGGAUUAGAAGAGAGUACAGUGUCCACACUGGCUCCAUUUGAUGCUCACCCGGUUCUGCCUUACCAGACUGUGUAGACAUUAUCCGUGGUCCACCGCCGUACCCUUCCCGUCCUGGCACAGAGCUCCGACACACUCACUGUUCCUCUGUGCCUUUUUGCAUUGGGAGGGAAAUGAGUACGCAUGUUGUGGUACCCUUGGGCAGAUAUUUGAGGGACCCUCUCUGCUGGGCAGCUUGCUCAUUUUACCAGGCAGUUGACAGAUGCAUAUUUUGCUCAUUGCCAAUGCAGAGAGGUCAACGAGGUGAGCACCGUGUCAUUCGGCAGACUGAGGUUGAGGUGGGCCAGCUGGCGUAUCGCCAGUAUUGCAGAGGUGAUCAUUUCGAAUUCAUUCCUUAGAGAUGUGGUCAUUGAAAGGGCCGAGAGCAGUGGCUUUAACCUUGGCUCUGGGAGUGAAGGCUGAGGGACAUGGAGACCUUAGGAAACCAGGAGCAGUGAGUGAUCUGUAACAUUGGCAUCUGGGAAGAAGGGAAAUGGUGAUCUAAGGAAACCCUACCAAUCCUUCCUUGUCUGGAGGGGAGAAGCUGCGCUGGGGCUUUUUCAUAUGUUUUAAGUGGUCCCUUCCUCAUCUCCAACUUCUAGUGUAAGUCAUUGGGAGAAGGUGUCUCGAGUCUCUAGCCCAAAGUUGAGAAGGCUUCCAUUACAAACUUGAAAUUACUUACCUGAAGCUGAUCCAUCAGGUUAUAGCUGUGCUCUGCCACACCUGUCUUAACUUUUCCAGUAUAGCCAUUGACCUAUUCAGCCACCGUGCUGUCGCUGGUCCCUUGAUGCCAGUCUGUGGUGGUGCCUGCCCACUGGGGGAGACGUUUGUCACUUGCUGGCCUCCCACCUGCCCAUAGCUACAAGAGUUUUGGUUUGGGGGUGCAAGUUGGUAUUGCGACGUCCCAUCCCAGGUAGUAACUUACUUAACUAUAGCUUACCUCCAGAGGUUUAGUGUUUUUUAAUAUAGGAAAGAGGAGAAAUCUCAGGUCCAAUCAGGGUUCAUCAUCUGUUCAUCAAAAUAGCUUUUUUUGUUUUGUUUUGUUUUGCUUUUAGGUUUAUAUUUCACUUCCUGCACACACACUGAUUUUUCUUUCCUCCCCCCCUCCUCCCCCAUCCCUGCCCCCACCUUUUGGUCUCCUUCCAACUUCAUUUCUCCAUUCGUUGAGUGUACCUCAUCACCCGUGAAAGCAGAUUGUUGUCCACUUUUUCUUGCUGACCUUACUCUUAAGCGCUUCACUGAGGGAGGUGCAGUGGAAAGACACGUAGUGUUUGCCUUACUCAGAGCCUGAAGAGCUCAGAAACUCAUGCUGUGAAUCCCAAAAUUCAGUGCUCCUCCUAGAGCUGUGAAAAUCAUGACACUUUGUCACAAUUUUGCCUGAAAGGAUCUUUCGUAUGGGUGCCAGAGCCCACCUGAGCUCAAUUCCAAAUCCCACUCUCCGGGCACCUUACUUGCACCACGGCUUCUCCCCACCCUCCUGCCCCCUGACCGAGGGCAGCACAGAAGGGCAGAACUGCAGCCACAGAGCUGGGGCCUUGGUGCUGACUGAUGAGAUGCAGAGCCAGCACUCCAGUUCCGGGCUGUGUUUUCAUCUUUCGUAACCAAUACCAUGUUUAUUAAGAUCCACGAAAGACCAAUUUUUAGGCAGUGAUACUUGUCUCCCCUUUCUAGGGGAUAAAGUAUGUAGUUGGUGCUUUCUUUGAUUUCCUUACAGAUUUUGUUUUGCUUUGUGUAUGUAAGCUUUCCCCAGUAUCAUGAAAAGGCUCUGUCAGUACAUUUGGGUGGCUGUAUCCCAAGUAUGAAAUAUUGUCCAGGAGUGUGGAGUAUUGUUUCCUGGGUUCAUGAAAGCAAAGGACUCCAUGCCAGAACUGAAUUUAUUAAGCUGAAUAAUGAAGAGGCAUAAUUUUAACAAAAUCAAAGUUUAAUAGCCACAAAUUGAGCAGUGAAGUUAUUUUGACUGUAAAGUGGGGGGUCCCUAUAGCUUACUGUCUAGCACAGCAUACGCUUAAAUUUUAUGCUUGUUAAUUGUGUAUUUUCACAAGUCCCUCUCUGGUGCUGAAUUGGAUUUGAAUUCUUGAUGAGAGCCCUCAGCAUCUCCUUGGGCUGGUCUGGGCCAGUAAAUAGCUGCCUGAAGUAAUUAUAUAUUAUCAUGGUCAAUAGUUCAGUGACAUUUGUACAUUUUUGGUAACAUUGGUAAACAUGAUACCCCUGCGAUUUAUUUUCUGUUUGGUAGUUUGUGACUGACUCUAAAAUCCCCACUGUUCUGUGUGUUAAUUUAUGAAAUAAAUUUUUUUAAGCCUUUCAAAUAA